GCAUGUUCGGUUUUUGCUAUACCCUGCUUGUUUUUUCUGCUCUUCGUGGUGACUGUUUAGCCGGACGUGGCAACAUUUAUCCUGCCAGCCGUUUAUGAAAGCCACUCCGCGAGUGUAAAGCUUCCAUGCUAGUCAGGGGCAUGCAGCAGUUUACCCACAGAGGCAGUGGGUGAAAGAAGACAGGGUUACAGAAAGAAAAAAGGACUAAAAUGCGUCAGACUGCUGCACAUGACUUUAUUUAAGAGAUGCAAUAUGGGAAAGGAGGUCUGUUUGCAGAGAAAUUGGAGGUGGGAGAGGCCUCUACACCCGGACCCGGCCAAGUGCGGUGGCACCUCUGUGAAAUACGCAGGACUUCUUUUUGGGAUGAGUUGAUUUUGUCCCCCUAUCGACACAAAGACUGAAGGCAGGGGUCUCAAGAGAUCCAGGGGACUCUGCUUGGCUAUUUGAGCUAUUUUAGUUGUAAAUUUAAGGCUAGACAUCAUUUUAAAAACUUUUUUUUUAAGCAGGUUUUUAAAAAGAAAAUAAAACAGCUGGACUUUUGUUUUGAUGUCAAGCAGCUUCCUGCAACUGGUUUAAAAGUGAAUCUGUUUAUUUAGUUGUUUUCUCCUGCUGACUUAGUUUGAAACGCUGGAACUGUCCCUCCUGCCGCUAUCCUCAGUUUCUUUUACCCACCCAGUGCCUAAAUAAGCCCUCUCGGGACAAUCACAGAAGUCAUCAGCAGCUGCUGCGCUCAAUCCUUCUGCCUGUUCUCCUCUAUGUGCUUCUGCUCGCGACCUCCACUACCACUACCUCUAUAAUUUUCUGUCUUCUUUUUAUAUUCAUUUUCUCUGAGAGACACAGUCAAAACUCAAGCACAGUGACGAGCAUUUAUGUAAACUGAGUUUUUGGGAGUGGAGGGAACCUGGGAUUGCUCGCUCAAAUUUUAGUUAUAUGUGCGCGUGUCUGCUCUUUUGCAUACGUGCACAGCUGUUUUAAGGUUCCACUGGUGCCAGGGAGCAGCUUAAGCUUAGAUUUAUUUAUUUUCCUUGCACCAAAUACAGUUACUUUAAAGCCAUACAAAAAUAUUUAUGAAUAAUAUACACAUAUUUUUGUAUCACAUUGCUCCUGUAUAGCUUUGCUUUUCUACGCCUCUAUUAAGAAUAUGCACACAAAUUGAAUAUUCACGACAAGCUGUAUAUUGCUGAAUAGGAAAAAACAAAUCUGUUUUUGAGUGAUUGUUUGUUAGUGUCAGAACACAGAGAAUCCCUCAUGUUUCCAUUCAGUUGCUGCUUUGCAUAGGUGUUGCUUUCCUUUUCCAGUCUGUAGUCAUGGCUCCUCCUCCCAAACAAACACCAUAUUCGCCAUUUUGACCUGUAAAGCAGCCUUUACAGUCGGUAGACAGUAGAUAUCUCUCUCUCUCUCUCUGUCUUCCACCCCUCGCUCUCUGUCUCUGAUGCCGGGUUUCAGUAGUGGGGGGGUUGGGGGAGGAGUAGGUGGUCCAGCUUCUGCUCCUCCCCGCCCGUUUCGACCCAGCCGAUAUGUCCCGGUGUCUGCAGCCACCACCUUCCUCGUCGGGUCCACCACCCUCUUCUUCUGCUUCACGUGCCCGUGGUUGUCAGAGUAUAUUUCUUCUGUCAUUCCCAUCUACAUUGCCGUGAUCUUCCUCUUCACCCUCGCCAACUUCUGCAUGGCCACUUUCAUGGACCCUGGAGUCUUCCCUAGAGCGGAGGAGGAUGAGGAUAAAGAGGACGAUUUCCGGGCUCCGCUCUAUAAGACGGUGGAGAUCAAAGGCAUCCAGGUGCGCAUGAAGUGGUGUUCGACCUGCCGCUUCUACCGCCCGCCACGCUGCUCUCACUGCUCAGUGUGCGACAACUGUGUCGAGGAUUUCGACCAUCACUGUCCAUGGGUGAACAACUGCAUUGGUCGGAGGAAUUAUCGCCAUUUCUUCCUCUUCCUGCUGUCGCUUACCACCCAUAUCAUGAACGUGUUUGGCUUCGGCCUGGUUUAUGUCCUGCACCACCGCCAGCAGCUGAACACACCCCACGCUGCUGUCACUAUGGCUGUAAUGUGUGUGGCUGGUCUGUUUUUUGUCCCAGUCGCUGGUCUGACUGGGUUCCACAUAGUGUUAGUGGCCCGCGGUAGGACCACAAAUGAACAGGUGACGGGGAAGUUUCGAGGAGGCGUUAACCCCUUCACCAAUGGCUGCUUGAGGAAUAUUUCACAUGUGCUCUGCAGCUCCCAGGCUCCGAGAUACAUGGGACGAUGGCGGAGCCCUCAAGCAAUGGAAGUACAGCCACCGUUUCUCAGACCGCCUCUUACCGAGGCCCAGCUAGAGGCCAAGGUCCUGGACAACGGCAUCCAGAACGACCGACACAGCACCAGGUCCAAGAGCAGUCUAGAUCAGAUGGAGAGCCAGUCAGCUGAUGCAGAGCCUCCACCUCCUCCGAAGCCGGAGCUUCGUUACCCCGGUCUGCCCCGUGCUGACACGGAGGAGAGCAGCUUGUUGACUGAAGCUCCUCCUACGCCAUCAAUGUAUAAGUACCGACCAGCCUACAACAGCCCGGGAAGGAACCACACUGCCCUCACACACCCCAACAAGGUGAUCCGUGGGGAGAGUCUUGACUCUCCAUCUCCCUCCAUCCUCCAGUCCAGCCGUCAGCCUAGCUACCGCUCAGAGCCGAGCAGCCUGGAUGGGGCCACAGUGGUAGGGGGAGGUGUAGGGGUGCGUAGAGGGGGAGGGGAGAGGGGUGAGGGCCCCGGAGGCCCUAGCGGGACUGCUGUGGGGUUGUCGGGGGGCAUGUCGGGUUACUCCCUGACUGGGCGCUCCUACACCUCCUACCCAUCCUCUCUGGUUUUGUCCACUGGCGGCUCACGCUCCUCCAGCCUGCGCUCAGCGCACACGGCACAUAAUCCGCUGGCCACGCUCCAAUCGGAGGGCACCACAGACACCAGCUACAAAAGCCUGGCCAAUCAGACGCCUCGGAAUGGCAGCCUGUCCUAUGACAGCCUGCUGACGCCAUCCGAGAGCCCAGAGUUUGAGUCAGCCGCCCACGAGCUGUCGCCGCAGAAGCCUCAUGCUCUGUCUCCCUCAGCGACUAUAACAGGCCAGCCGGAGGUGAUGUCACCCAGUACCCGGUUGCAGGGCUACACGUCGCCCUUCCUCUCAGCUCAGAUUGCCCAGCAGAGGGAGGGGCAGCUGCUCCAGGGCUCUGCCACUUUCUCCUCCCCCCACAGGGCCUACCUGCGUGCUGUCAGUCCGCCCCCUCCCUCCUCUGGGCCUCCUGAGAUCCAACACCUUCUACAUCAUAACCAGGACUCUUCUUCCCGAGCCACUCGUAACCCUUCCUCCUCAUCCUCUUCCCCCGGGGUUCGCUCACUAGAGCCCCCUGUCUCCCCGCCACCUCGCGGCCUCUCCCUCGGCAAGUCCCAGUCUUAUACUGGGGAGGUGGGGCCACAGCACAAACCUCGGCCCGCAGGAGGAAGCACUGUGCUGGGAGGGGGAGGAGCCGGAGGAGGGCAACAGGCUCCACAAUCCACCUCUCGCCCAGUCUUGGCCAAUCACACCACAUCCAAACCAGGGGGCGGGGUGAAGAAGGUGACAGGCGUUGGAGGGACCACUUACGAGAUAUCGGUUUGAGUGACAGACAUCCUUCAGGGUCUAUCACAAGGAGCUGGAGUGAGGAAAGUCACUGGACUACUUCGACCUAAGCUGGAUAUUAUUCAUGACUGCAGGCCCCUGAAAAACAGACGGUUCUCCGCUGCAGCAGACUAAAGGAGCAGGCUGUACUUUCUUUGUUAUCUUUGUAACGCCACUGGCCACUCUUCUCUGUAAGCCUUUCAGAUAUGAACAAAGAGUUAAAUGGGACACUGGUUUAUUUUUCACAGGAUCAAUUCGUCUCCGUUUAGCCACUCUGUGAGCCAUAGGCUGAUGUGACUGUAUCAUCACGGCUGGGUACAGAUAUGUCUAAAGAACACGCAUAGCUAUUCAGUGAUUUGCCGUUUUACUUUGGUACAUUAGCACACAGAGUAUUGACCACCGUGUCCAACACUUGAGGAAAGGAUGGCCUUUAUAGGGAGGAUUCAGGACCGUUGACCAAUCGAAACGUCAUCUUCUCCUCUGUCUGAUCGGACCAUACAACCUGUUUAUCGAUAAAGAGUCAUGGAGAGAAGAGUCCUACCUAUAAACACAGUAUCAUUUUAGUUUUAUAAAUCUUUUUUUUUUUUUUUUUUUAAAUAUUGUUUUAUAUAAAUGUGUAAAAUCUUGCUGAUUAUUAUUGGGUCAGAUUGUCAGGUAUUUGCAGGUAUUUGACUAUUGAUGAGGGUGGCAGAUGUACUGUGUGUAAUUAUUCAUGAAAGCGAUUUCUAAUCAGUUGCCUGUUUAUAUUUAAUGGCUGCAUCAGCCACUCAUGAGCUCUUGCUGGAAUUGACAUCGUCCAAAGAGAAUGAUGACCCUUUGGUGGACAGCUGAAGUGGCAAAAUGAUUGAGCUUAUUUUUUUUUUUUUUGGAAAGCCACAAAGAAAUUCUGAAUCCCGAUUGCAGCACAAGCAUCUUUGUGGAAUGUACGCUUCUAAUGUUUAUGCUAGAGACAUUAUGCAAAAUCUGUUUGUAGCUUUAAGAUCAUUGUGUCUUUCAUGGUGUUUUUUUUUUUUUAAUUUCUUUUCUUCUUUUCUGUAAUGUUUUGUCUUUGAUUCAAUCAAGAUGCUAGCAGGACCUUAUACCUUUAACCGAUGGCCAGCCAAAUAGGGGCAACGAGGGGAAGGGCUUAUUUAUUUCACCAGACAAGACAACCUUGUAGUUUUGGACACAAUUUCAAACCAGUUUCUCUACCAGUAUUUUUUUUUUCUUUUUAUGAGAAAAGAAGUACGAAUAUUUUUUAUGAAAAAAAAAAAGUUACAAAUGAAAUUGUGAAUGCAAAUAUGCCACUGAAUAGACUUUUAAGGAGGGACUGGUUUGCAAUUUUUGCCUUGAACCCAUUCACAGCGAAGCAAGCGCAUUCUUUUUCUAUUGGUUUUUACUUUUACACGUUUGAGAAAAAAAAAUGUUAGGCAGAUUAGAUUUUAUUUUGAUUGAGUUUGAAAAAAUUCUGUAAAGGUACAAUUUUUUUUUUUUUAUCACAGCCAUGUUGAGAAAGGAAAAAACAGAGGAAGGGAAGUGUGUGUCUUUCAGGAACGGGCAUUACAGUAAAGUUUUUAUUUAUUUUAUUUUCUUCUAUCAAGGCCCACAGUAGUAUUUGCUGUAGAAUGUCAAAGCUGGCUGAAUGUAGCACGUCUUUGGGGGAAAGUACACGCUUGAAGCACACAAGUAUCAUCCCUCAACCCAAAUGACUGUGUUACCAGUUUUCAACCCUCCCAGGCUAUGUCUUCGGUGUGCAUGUGUUUUUUUUUGUUUUGUUUUUUUUUUGUUUGUCGUGCUGAAUGCUUCACUGGCGUGUAUACUUGUGAGUUUACCAACCGGUUCAUGUGUGGGUGGUGUCAAGAAAAGAAUCACUAAUGGCACAAGCAGCCGUCGUACAGAGAUAAAGACAACCUGUGUAUUACUUUUUUUCCUGCUCUGACCGAGGACGAUGAACAAUUUGAAACUAUGUGGGUAUAGUCGUAUACUUCUGUGUGAGAUAAAAUAUCGCUAUUGUGGGCUGUGAUGAAUGGAACGAGUUUCACAAAUAUCUGUAACGAGUACAUUAAAGACAUUUCCAAAAUGG